AUGUCGGCGACCAGCAGCAGCGGUUCUGUUUCGGCACGACGACCGCUUGUCGGCGUCUCGUUCAAGAUGUACUUUGACAUUGCCAAGACCAAAUCGUACCUGGACGAUGCCAUCUCGCUGCUCUCUUCCACUCUGCCUAGCCUGGCUCAACCUACCGACGUUUUUGUCAUCCCGGACUUUAUCACGCUCACCUCGGUGGCUUCGCAGAUCUCUGCUUCCAAAUCGUCGCUGCUGCUGGGAGCGCAGGAUGUGCAUUCGCAAGACUUCGGUGCCUUCACAGGUGAGGUGUCGCCCAAAGUGCUCUCGCAGGUGGGCGUCAAGUUUGUCGAGAUCGGACACGCCGAACGCAGGCGAUACUUCGGCGAAACCGACGAGGAUGUGGCCAACAAGGCGGCUGCAAUCGCAAAGAACGACAUGGUUCCCUUGAUCUGCAUCGGCGAAGUAUCGAGACCCAAAAACAUCGACGAUCUGUCCAUCAGCGACGUCGAGGUGGUGGUCGAAGAGUGCUGGCGGCAGAUCCGCCCGGCGUUGGAAGCCAUGGACACACAGGCCGAGGUGGUGCUGGCAUACGAACCCGUCUGGGCCAUCGGCAAAUCCGAGCCCGCCUCGCCAGAAUACGUCGUCAAGAUCACAAAGGCGCUCAGGAGGCGGUACAACAAGGACUAUGUUGAUUCAGGCAAGGGCAGAACCGACGCUUCGUUUCGCAUCCUGUACGGCGGCAGCGCCGGUCCCGGGCUGUUUGCUAAGAUCCGUGAAGGCGUCGACGGCCUGUUCCUGGGUCGAUUCGCCCAUCAACCGCAGGCUUUCAUUGAUACCGUCAAGGAGAUCGCCGGUACAAAGUGA